AUGGAAAUUAACAAUGUAGUGGAUGUAGAUGUUUUCGAAAUGUUUGACGAUAUAUUAUCUGAUGAGGAUGAAGACAUCAUCAAAAUCAUCCUCCUUAUACUGCUGUCGUCAUGCACCCUACUUAGAGCAGAGUACCCAAGACACAAAAUGCGUGGACCACCCCACCCAUCUCGAAUACCACCCUCGAAGCAAUUCGCGAAAAAAUGGUACCAGCAGACGCAACACCCACCAAGAGGUCCUAUAAGGUCCAGACCCAUUCCCGUCCAUAUGCCGCCCUCCCAUAAGGUACCCAUAGGAGUGCCACAAGCUCCUCCACGUGCCGUAUCGCUCCCCGUAAGGAAUUUCUGGAAGAAUACGCAAGCCAAUAACAUCAAGCUACCGCAAGAGAAACCUUACAUACCACCACAAGAGAAACCGUUUUUGGCAGCACCCAGUAUAACUUCUCAAGAACUAGACUAUCACAUACAGACUAACAAUAUUCCUACCACCCAUACAAACCCUAUUAAACAAGUAGGAGAAAAAGGGCCUAUACACACGAUCCCAGCGCCCAAUUUAAGCUUGAGAGACAAGCCUAUAGUAGUCGAAGAGGUUAAGUACCAACACAAACCUACAUACCAGCACUUGGAACAGAAGCAUCAGUACCAAGUGACUGAACAGCCUGAACCUCCCACGAAAAGUAAAUUGUACAGAGGUCAGCACCAGUUAAUUCAGCAACAGCAGAUACUUCCCCAACACCUUUACCAACAACAGCUGCAGCAGCAACAGCAAAUACAACAGUCAUUACAACAGCAACAACAGCAGCAGAUGCAACAAUCGCUGCAGCAACAAAUACAACAGUCGCUGCAACAGCAAAAACAGAAGCAACUUCAACAAGAGCAAUUCCUUCACAGUCUUCAGAAACAAGUAGAAAUCCACCCACAGCAAGUCUACUACACAACAGACCCCGUCAAUUUGCCUCAAACUUUAAACUUACCCGCUCAAAAAAACCCUCAAGGCGACAUAUACAUCGGCAGCCAACCGAAUCCUGAGCUGUACAAGCUAAUAGGAGCAGCAUAUCCCCAACAACCUCAGGUAAAGAUCGAGGAGACCCAGCAAAGCUUCUACCAACCUCAGAAGGCGCAACAAGUGCCGAACUAUCAAGCACUGCUCUCGCAACAACUCUUCCAAGCGGACCAGCAAAAUUUCGAACAACACUUGAGACCAGCUGAUCAGAAGAACUUCGCACAACACUUAAGACCUGCAGACAACACUAAUGUGGCUUUGGAUAAAGUAGGUUUCGAGCCCGAAUUCCACUCCUUCAACUACGACGAGCAGGCGCAUCAAAAGAGCCAGAAAGGUUUGAGUAAGGAACAGCUCUCUUCCUUGGUAACAGCAGCUUAUAGUUUAGACUCGAACGUACCUUCUAUGGAAUCUAGAAACUCCAUUGACCCUUUAGCGCAAGCUCAGUUAAUCCAGAACUAUUUCAACACCAGGUCUGACGUUGAAGAGAAUGACGUCGAACCAGACGCCAAACCCAGCGCAGUGGAGAAAACAGAACCAGAGGAAAAAAUUAAAGAAGAUUUAAUGAGUUCUAGUUAUUUCUCCUCCUUGCCGAAUAAAGAGGCUGCUGAACGCCUGGCCCAUCUGCAAGCCGCAGGGAAGGUCAACAGCAAUUUGAUGCAGAUAACUUUAGAUCAGAAGUCGGGUGGUUCUAAGGAUAAUGGUGAGUUUGAGGAGGACGAUUCUAAUGAAGAGAACAACGAAAACUACGCGGAGAAUGACAAAGAUCGGGGGGAAUAUGAAGAUUAUUCGCAGGAAGAAGAAAACGUUUCUUCGGAAGAGGAGAAUGCGGAAUUUGGAGACAGGUUAAUGUCAAAUAGGAAAAAGAACUGAAAUAAUUCGUAAAAUUUGCUGUUUAACUGCUCACAUAGAGAUCAAUAAGCAUAAAAUUCAGGCGUUUUUACAUUUUAGUAAUUUUUUUUAGUAAUGGAAGUAAAGCCACGUUUCGACUGUAUCCUUAGGAUUUAAUAUUACUAGUUUCCUCUUCUGAAAUAGUAUAAAUGAAAAAGUAUAAGACUAUGCAUACGUUAAGCAAAAAUCACUAUUAUGAACACAGAAAUUAAAACAACUAGCAAUAAUCCACUGAUUUUCAUCCUUUGAUUGUUUUAUUUAUUUUUGUUGUGUUUUCUAUUUAUUUAUUUAUUAAAGAA